AUGUCUAGAACACCGACCCUUAAUCCGAGCUCUCUCCAAAGCCGCCUCAACCACCUCCUCAAACACUGGCCUACAGACGCCGUCCGCCCAGCUUCAGUCUCUGUCCAAUCCUACAUCCAAACCCGCCUUCAACCAGCAGACAAGUCUACCCCAGCGAUUUCCGAGGCCUCCGUGAGUGCGCUCGAAUCACUGCUGAAUAACCGGUACGCGCGCAAGUAUCCCAUGCCAGAGAAGCUGCGCCGGCCAGCCAGUAACCCAGACCACUAUGACAAUGUCGUGCGCGAGUUUGCAGAGGCGCCGAACCGCGAUUGGUUUGGUCGGUUACGGAAGAGACUGGCUGGUAUCAUCCGGCUGUCUUAA